CACACCGUCAUACAGGUGCAUAGCCGAAACAACUGCUGUCACUCUUCAACAGGCAGCAGAAUAUAUUAUUCGCCGCUAGGGGCGCUACGGUCAGAGCUACUUAGAAACAGUCAAGGAAAAAGAAAUACCGUGAUUUACCGUGAAACCGCCAGAAUCUUAAAAAAUACCGUGAUACAAACUUUUGGUCAUACCGCCCAGCACGACAUUAAGGUUCUACAGUCGCUGAAUCCUCUUCUGUCUUCAUGUUGCUUCUGUAUUUAGUUUCAAGGGCCAUCGGGAAUAGUACACCUCCAUUAAUAAUUCAUAUGAAACCAUUGUUGGAUACAAACAGGAGGCCAAGAGAUGAUUCAAACACAAACUCAUGUUGAGAAAGUCCAAUCUGUCAUUUUGUUCUCCUCAAAGGCAGCAUCUGCUGGUGCACACGGCUCGCACUGAAGGCUACAGUAAGGUGUUGCUGGGAGACAACUGCACCAGACUGGCUGUCAAACUGCUCACCAGUAUAUCACUGGGCAGAGGAGCACAGCUGGCUCAGGACACGGGUUUCUCAGACUCCAGGUAUGGGGACAUCAUAUUAGUGAGGCCAAUGAGGGACUACUCGGCUAAAGAAAUAGCUUACUACAACCGCAUGUUCGGCGUGCCCUCUGUUUUCAUACUGAGCCUGGACACGAAGACAGCAGACAAGUCGAGCAUCCAGCGUCUGACAGAGAGCUUUGUCACCAGACUGCAGGCAGACUUCCCCUCUACUGUCAGCACCAUCUACAGGACCAGUGAGAAGCUGCAGACGUGUAAGAGCUCCUCCACAGCUGACCACUGUGACAGAUGUCUGCUCUGCAUGUGUGCCCUGGACACAGCUGUUGAGAAUGCUUCAGCCUUCCAGGCCACGCUGAUCUCAGAGCAGCUCUCUCAGACUAAAGCACCAGGAGCUACCAGUGCUGCGGUCCUAAGACAAAACCCAGCUCCACUGGAGCCAGAAUCCACUGCUGCCACUGGACAGUGCUGCUCCUCUGGUGGAGGAGAGGAUUGUGGGAAAGCAGUAGGUGGUGUAGGCUGCUGUUCGUCUGCCAAGGGACCAGAGCGCACCGAUCUGAGGAGCCUGUUGUGUUACAGCUGUCAGCUGACCAUCAGAGACAUGUCGUCGGUGGAACGUCUCCCGCACUACAUCCUGUCUGAGGCUCAGAGGAGGCAGAGGAGGUCUCAGAUGAGAGAGGACAUCGGUGAGUUCCUGCUGGAUGAAGGUGACGAAGGCGAUUAGAGGAAGUGAAGCUGCAACCGUCCACUCUGAAGAAAUGUACAACACAACUAUGCUCAUUUCAACCUGCAGGAUUGGGAUUUAUCAAUGCUUAACACGUAUAUCGAUGUACAUGUCCUGUAGGCUGCGGUCUGUUCUAACAUGGUCUAAUUCAAAUAUGCGCUCAAACUGGUGAAUUCAAACCCAGCACACACACCAUUAGUUCAUUGUUACUGCAUUCCACAAACAGAACAUAAUAAAGUGUCUUUAUUUUC